UUUAACAACAGCAUAUUUGUGCAUCUGUGAAGCUCAAUAAUUAUGGCUGACUCGAAUUUUGAAGCAGCUGGACAGAUUUGUCUGCUAGCCUUUGUAAUGAGCUCUGUCUAUGAAAACAUGCUGAAGUGGGAAUAUAAUGAAACAUUUAAAAUAAUCAGUGUGUGAAGUGGACGCAUGUGCUGGUUUGUAAUAAAAAAGAUAAAUCAAAAGAAUUUUCUUACUUCUGGUUUAUUUAAGCUGAGACCAAUCUGUGUAAGUGGGUGUGUUUGUGCAAAUCUAUAACUGUGCUUACUUCCUUUGUUUUUAUCCAGACCAGAGAUGUCAGAAGCCUGAGACAACAUUUUCAGCGAUAGAUAGAUAGAUAGAUAGAUAGAUAGAUAGAUAGAUAGAUAGAUGAAAGGAUUAUCAGAUCGUAGAGUGAUACAACUUUGCAUGUUAAGAGACAUAUACUUUCACUCUUAAGAUUUCUGUUUCAGAAACCAUACAAACAGGCAUUCUACUAUAAAAGAGCUGGGGGUUAUCAUGCUUGGAGAACCAUUCCUUCAUAUUCUGAACUGCACAGAAGAUGCCACAAAUUGUGAUGGAGCAGCUCACAUACACUCAGACACCUCCACGGCCAGUCCCAACCCAAGCAAGAUGAGCAUCACUGCCAGAUCAACACUGACACCACAAAAUGUGAGAGCUGGCAGGCCUGAAGGCCUAGAAAAGCCAAGGCCAUGUCGGGCAUCAGCACCCAGCAACGCUAUGCCCAUUCUCAGCUGUAGCGGUGAGGAUCACUUGGGCAUGACACUGUAUUGCUCCUGGUGUUGUCCCAGCUUCUACAAGGACUAUCCAGACCUCCGACUUGCAGGUGACCGGCUGGAGCAUUGGAGUCCUCAUAACCCAGCCCUGCUCAGCUCACAGGACAACGGGCCACUGCUGCAGUCUCAAGACCUGAGCUCACUGGAGCCCUCCCUGGCGCAGGGUCAACAGGCAGAGGUUGUGACCCAGCACGAUGAAGGUUAUUUUGUCAUAGAUAGCGGUCAGGGUCCUAGCUGGGAGAGAAGGCUCACCAACUCCAUGUUGAAUGGUUAUUUGGAGGUCCAAAUGCUGGAGGUGUUUUGCCAGCACAUGCAAAACAUGGCAUGCUGUGGAUCAUCAUUGCUUGGCACUGAUGUCAUGCCAGCACUGGGGCCCACCAGCCUGACUGUACCCAGUGAACAGAGAGCCAAUCAAGAAGAGGUGCUGGAUUCUUCAUCCAGUUACGUUGUGCGAUACUUGAGCACUUGUUCAGCUCCAGCCACCUCCCACUUCAGCUCACCUGUGCUACGAAUCUCAGAAGCUGAGGAGCCAACCUCAUAAACAGACAUACUCAUCAUGAAAUCCUCACUCUAACACCCACACAAGUAUUUAAAGGAAUAAUUCACCCAUAAAUGAAAAUUCUCUCAUCAUUUACUCAGCCACAUGUUAUCCCUGAUGUGUAUGUCUUUCUUCUGCUGAACACAAAUGAAGAUUUUUAGAAGAAUAUUUCCGCUCUGUAGGUCCUCACAAUGCAAGUGAAUGGGUACCAAAAUGUUGAAGCUCCAGUAGGUGCACGAAGAAUGCGAAUUGCCAAAAACAAAAGAAGAAUAAUGUAAAAGUGAAGGUGGAGAUUGAUAGUAAAAAAGGACUUAAAUAUUGAUCUGUUUCUCACCCACACAUAUCAUAUAACUUUUGAAGAUAUGGAUUUAACCACUGGAGUCUUAUGGAUUAAUUUUAUGCUGCCUUUUUGUGCUUUUAAACCUUCAAAGUUUUGGUCACCAUUCACUUGCAUUGUAUGGACCAACAGAGCUGAGAAAAUCUUUUAAAAAUCUUAAUUUGUGUUCUGCAGAAGAAGGAAAGUAAAACACAUCUGGGAUGGCACGAGGGUGAGUAAAUGAUGCGAGAAUUUUCAUUUUUGGGAGAACUAUCCCUUUAAAUAGUAAAUACAGGGUAAGCUAUAUUGACAGCAUUUGUGGCAUAAUCUUUAUUACAACAUAAAAUAAUUUGACUUGUCCCUCAGUUUUCUUGGAGCAAAAAUCAUUGUUAAAUGAGGUACUUAGAAUGGAAGUGUACAAGGCAGUUAAAAUGGAAAAAUUACAUGUGCCAAAAUACUGUAACUGCUAUUUUUCCUUUGAAGUAUUUAUGACGAUAUAAUGCAUAUCAUGCAUACGUUUGUAAACUGAAAUCUCCCUCUUUUUUUCUCUCUUUACUCAUCUCCCUAUCCUCUCAUCCUCUUUCAUAUGUUUUGUAAUGUUUCAUAAGCAUUAAUAGCACAAUGUAUAUUAGAAGAAGAGGAACCAAGUCAUGCUGUCAUAUGUAGACUGUUUUGUGACAUUUAUAAAUGUUACCACUUCCUUCUAAAGUAGAGCCAACCACUUGACCUGUGUCUCCCUCAGUCCUGCUGCUGAAUGAAGCUUUCACUUUCCUUGUAAUGAUAAUGAUAAUGACAUGUGUGCAGUGAAAUUGAAAUGUCACUAGCUUAUGUCCUCAUUUCGAUACAUGUUUUCCAUAAUUAAUUUAUAUCUCGAUUUAUUUUUUAUUAAAUUGUUUUGUUGUGGUAAAGCAAUCGAGUUUCC